AUGCAGCAUUCACUCCAAGACAGAUCCCGAAAUCGUUUAUACACUAUUGCAUUGUUCCGACGCGUUGGCUUGGUAGAGCAAAUUGCUAAAAUUGCGUUCAACAACUCAACUUUAAAUGAAGUUGAUCCUGCUUCUAAUUUGGCUGCUACAAUUCUGCAACAACAUUUUGGAAUCCAUAUCGGACGGGUGGAAGGGGGCGGAAAUAUUAGAGGAGUUGGGAGAAGGAAUGAAGAAAAUGAGGAGGAUAUUGUAGGCCAGAAUGUUGUAAACCUUCGCUGUAUAUAUGAGGAAUCUGUGGAACUUGCAUCAGCAGCGUCGACAUCGAGAAAUGUAAACCAAAAUUCUUCAGAGGAGCGAAAGUCGAUUUUGGUCAGAAUCAAAAGAAUGGAUGAAACUUGUGAUAAAAAAUAAAA